AUGCCUUUAUACAGAUACAACCGCUACUUAGCCAUCGCCGCGCGGACCGUCCGCCGAUCGCUGAAGGAAGAACCCCGCCUCCAGGCCGAGAGACGCGGGGAGAUGGAUUUGAAGUUCGCCAAAUGGCAGAAUGGCAAACAGGGCGAUGUGAAGAGUCUUGCUGCGGCUCAGCAGACGGACACAGAGGCUGCGGUGGCGUCGAAAUAG